GGGCACCCGCGGGGUGCCAGGGAAUUUUGGGAAGCCGGGAAGGGCAGCGAGGCCCGGAUCCGCUGGGGACAGCCCGGCUGGGCCAUGCCGGGGUGGCUGCUGGCGGCGCUGGCGGCGCUGGCGCAGGGCGGCACCGCGGCAGCCCAGGACGUCUCCUGCUGGAAGAAAUGCAACACCUACAAGCCUUUCUACUGCUCCUGGCCGCCCCUCGGCCCCGCCGGCAACACCUCCUACAUCCUGAACUUCUGCUUUGAGAAGCGCCGCCUGUGCCGCCGCUUUGAGGUGGGCACGGUGACCACCUACAGCCCCUCGCAUUACCAAGUGUACACCUUAGAGAACAGCACGGCCUGGGUGGAGGCACGCUGGGGGGACCAGGCCCGCAGGACCCCCAACCACACCCUUCACCUCGACAAGGCUGUCAAACUGGAUCCACCUCCGACUGGGAAGCCUUUCUCCAAGACUGGUGGCCAGCUGAGGGUGCAGGUGCCACGGCCACAGUGCCACGGCCUGGAGCAGGCACCACAGCACGAGGCUCGCUUCUGGAGGGUGGGAGACAGCAGCUGGACACAGGUGACGUGUGAGACUGUCAUGGUGACAGAUGAAGAUGACUCAGUGACCUGUGCCCUGGGGGUCAACGGCACCUUCGUGGUCCAGCUCCGGCACAAACCUCCCCACUGGAGCAGCUACUGGAGCGACUGGAGCAGCAACAUCUCUGUUCCAGAGGAAAUCCUGGUGAGCCCAGUGCUGAGCCAUCAACUGGGCAAACUGGGGACAGACGGGCAGCGGGUGCUGAGGCUCAGCUGGCAGCCAGUCCUCAAGGAGCAAAGGGAUGUCACCUACAAGCUGGAUGUCCACAUGCUGGCGUGUGGCUGUGCAGAGUCAGAGGAGGAGGACACUGUGGAGCUGGGCUGGGAGGUGACAGAGCACAACCUCACUCUCUCUGGGGCUGAGUACGAAAUCCUGCUGAGGGCAGUCAAUGCCGCAGGGCCAGGGCCGGCUCAGCAGCUCCGUGUGCCGGCAGACCAGCACACAGAUCUCAGCUUCAAGCAGAUCAGCGUGGCUGGAGGCACCGUGACAGCGCAGUGGGAAGCGCCGGUCCCUGGUGAUGCCUUCUGCUUCGAGCAGCAGACACUGCCAGAGCCCCCCAAACCGGGAGCCUGCACCCAGCAGGAAUUCCCCGCCAACAGCAUCCACGUGGAGAGAGGAGCGCUGGGAGCGCCGGGCUGUCACCGCCUCGCCGUGCACGGCUGGGACGCGCAGCGGGGCUGGGCCACCUUCGCGCUGUGGCACCGCUACUCCCGCAACGAUUCUCUGGUCGUGCCCAUCAACAUCAGCACCGGAGCUGCCGGUGUCAUGCUCCGGUGGCAGCCGUCCCCCCGUGCCACCUGCCCCGGUGCCCUGGCCAAGUACCUCAUCUGCCACGCGGCCGAGGGGGACAAUGUGACCUACAGUGAGGCGGAUGCCACGGCAUCAAACUACACCCUCCAAAACCUCCAGGCCGGCACAGCCUACAGGGUGGGUGUUUGGGAGGUGACAGAGGACAGCGAGAGGACCUGCAGUGCUUGGUGGCGCUUCCAGACCAAGGCUCUGGGCCCCCAGGGAGCAGCGUGGAGAGGAAACCUGAAGUACCUGAGCAUCUCGCUUGGUCUCCCCGCGGCAGCUGCCAUCUACCACCUGAGCAAAAAGAGAGCUCGCCGCCUCCUCUUCCCACCCCUUCCCAAGCCCGCGGGCACCGAAGCCAUCCAGUUCUCGGACAGCAAGAUGGGCCAGGGCCAGCCCCGGCCAGGCCUCCUGGAGCCCUCGGAGAGGUUCAGCCCGGUCGAGCUGCUGCUGACGGAGCCCAAUCCCAGCGAGGAGACGGCUGACACGGGCACCCAGACUGCGGUGCCACAGCCGGGCGUGGCGCAGCCCGGCCCCGCGCUGGGACAGCCGGCGGUGGCGGCGGUGUCCCCGCAGGGCUGUGGGGACGAGCUGCCCUUCGCCUACCGCAGGCAGGAGAUGCUGAGCCCGGGGCCACCUCCACCCUCUGACAGCAGCGGGCACCCACCCGGAGAGGAGGAGGAGGAGGAGGAGGAAGAGGAGGGAAGGCAGGAGCUGCAGCAGCCGCUGAUCCCCAUUGAGCUGCUCAUCUCCGACAAACCCAUCAUCAUCAGGGAUGAGGGAGGAUGGGAUCCCUCGCUGGAGAAUCCUGUGCCGUAGCCAUCACCAGGCUGGAGCAGCAGGGAUGGACAGGAAGGGCUCGGGGCUGUCCCGUGAGAUGUGCAGUGCCUGUGUGAGGCUGAGUGCCCAGCCCGUGGGUGGCACUGGCAUUUUCAGGGGGUUUUCUGGUUUCCAAGAUGUCUCUGGGUGCAGCAUUGCACUGGGACAGGUUUUGGCCAUGUUAUUUACAGCCUCAACCUUUCACUGGCGAUAAAACCCGAGCAAAGGUGGCUGCGGAGUCCGGCCAGGACAGAAGAUAUUUCCAUGCCUGGACUGGGAGGAGAGGCAGAGCUUCACCCCAGCUAGCUUCUACCUCUGGAAGCAGCAUCCUGGUGGGGAUGCAAAAAGCCCCAGCACCAAACACCAGCUACCUGCAAAAAAAAUAAUAAUAAAUGUACAAAAAAUAAAGGGAAAAAAGAGAACCGAUUAAAAAAUAAACACAAACAUUAAAAAAUUAAAAUAACUGCACAAAGCAGCAGGGCUGAGACGGUUUUUCCUGUUUUUCCUCGCCUGACCCUAGCAGAUUACAGCAAGGAUUUAGAGGCGAGGUUCAAUCCACGGUGCUGUGGAGGAUGCAGCCAGGCCAGGGGCGAUCCAUGGGGCCCCCCAAGCCCCUUCCCCUGGGGCCACGUCGCCACCUCGGGCCUUAUCUGGGACAGAACUGGAGACGAAAAGCAAUUUGUGGUUUUCUCUGCCUGGCGCUGCGGUACUUACUUGCUGAGCGAGCAAAAAAAUUAAAAAAAAAAAAAAGUUUAAAACCUUAAAGCUACGUGAGUUUAGUAACACGGGGAAAUCCAGGUGUCUCAGCCGCUGCCACUCGCCCUCCUCGCUGCUGCUCUUGCCUCCUCUGGGUUUUUGCAAAGCAUUUCACUCAAAUCGCGAUCGCAGCAGCGGCGCCCGCGGGCGGAAACCGCGGGGAUGGCGGGCGGAGACAGCGCUCCAGGGACCGGCACCUUCACCCAGACCUCGGCCAGGGACGGCUGGCCUUGGAUUUACGGCCAUUCCCAGCGCUCCUGGCACAACGCGGCUGCGGUGCUGCCGCUCCCGUGGCUGGGGGUCUCACUCAAACCCUUGUCACCAGUGUCACCAGUGCCACCGCUGUCCGGCACGCGCGUCCAGCCCGGCUCAGCUGCUGGUGGAGCCACGAGGUGGCACCAGCCCCACGUCCCCACGGCGAUGCCAACCCCUCGGCAGCGAAAAUGCAUCGUUCCCUCCCUGCGUGUGUCAGGAAUGUGUGUCAGGAGUCUGUGUCAGGCCCCUGUGCCCGGCAACUUCGCCUCUCCAGCCCCGCAGAUCCCUGGGGGGAAGAUCCGGCACGCUGCCAUGCAGAAUCCCAGCACAGAGAUCAGAUUGAGGGGUUUUGUUGGGAUUUGGGCGAUGCCAGGCUCUCUUCUCCAGGCACACAUGGAGGAGGUAUCGGGUUAUGGGUGCGGGGGCACACUCGGGUCUCAGCCCAGCCCCCGUUUACAGCCGGGUUUGGGGGUCACAGCCAUGAGGGAAAGCGCUGGGGGUCACUGGCAGCUCGGCACGCUCGGGUGGCAGCAGUAAACACUCGCCCAGCCCGGGGCCAGCCCGUGCCAGUUCAUCAUUCCAGCUCAUGGAACGAGUUCACAGCAGGACAGCCAGGCCCGGCCGCUGCACUGAAAACACCCUGGGCAAGGAGGGGACACCAGACCUCCUCAGUGUCCCCACGGGGUCACUCCCCAGGGAUCCAUCCCAUCCAUGGUGCCACUCACAU